AUUUACGACGUUUCUCAUUGUCUAUGCUAUAGAUACGCAUCCCGAGCGAUACAUACGGUAUAAAGCUUUUAGUGACAAAUGUAUAGUAAAAAUGAAGGAAAACGCCGUACUUAAGUGGCAAAAAGUGUACAAUCCCACCGGCCCCCAGCCCCGACCUCGCCAUGGCCACCGCGCCGUCGCCAUCAAAGAUUUGAUGAUAGUUUUCGGCGGUGGAAACGAAGGUAUCGUUCAUGAGCUUCACGUCUUCAACACCACUACAAACCAAUGGUUCGUGCCCGUCACCAAGGGGGAGGUGCCUCCGGGAUGCGCUGCAUACGGCUUCGUAGUCGACGGAACGCGUCUGCUGGUUUUCGGCGGCAUGGUGGAGUACGGCAAGUAUUCUAACGACCUCUAUGAGUUGCAAGCUUCCCGGUGGGAAUGGAAACGUCUGAAGCCGCUACCGCCUAAGCAGGGCCUGCCGCCAUGUCCUCGCCUCGGGCACAGCUUCACACUGCUCAACGGCAAGGUUUACCUGUUCGGUGGCCUGGCCAACGAGAGCGACGACCCCAAGAAUAACAUCCCGAGGUACCUCAACGACCUGUACACCCUCGAGCUGUAUACCAACUCCUCGAUGACGGUAUGGGAUAUCCCGCUCACCUAUGGACAGUCCCCUCCUCCACGCGAGUCGCACAGUGGAGUUUCAUACACUGAUAAUCACAGUGGCAAAUCUUCACUUAUCAUAUACGGAGGCAUGAGCGGAUCUCGUCUUGGCGAUUUGUGGGUUUUAGAUGUAGACAGCAUGUCAUGGUCCCGACCAGAAGUUGGAGGACCAGCGCCCCUACCACGCUCCCUGCACACAGCCACAGUAGUCGGUCACCACAUGUACGUGUAUGGUGGCUGGGUGCCCCUGGUACCUGAUGAAUCCAAGCUAGCCACCCACGAGAAAGAAUGGAAAUGCACUAACACUCUUGCAUCACUAAAUUUAGAAAAUAUGACAUGGGACAACAUAGCUCUGGACAAGUUUGAAGAUUGUGUGCCAAGAGCGAGAGCCGGUCACAGUGCAGUCGCUAUACAGACAAGACUUUACAUAUGGUCAGGACGAGAUGGAUACAGAAAAACAUGGAAUAACCAGAUUUGCUGCAAGGAUCUAUGGUAUUUGGAAGUCGGAGUGCCUCCUCAGGCUGGGCGGGUCGCGUUAGUCCGCGCGGGCACGACGUCGCUUGAGCUGUGCUGGCCGGCCAUGAACACUGUCACCACAUACCUAUUACAGGUACAGAAGUGCGGCAAGGUGGCGCCCGCGAGGUUCCCGGCCGCUGCCGAGCCCGUGGCUGCGCCGCCGCCUGCGUCCCCGUCCGCGCAGCCCGAUGCGGCUAAAGCUUUCGGCCUCACGUCGCCUACGUCCAUCGGCUUGCCGCCCUCGCCUAUGGAGAUGCCCGCGCGUGCCGCGCCCGUCGCCGCCGCCUCCCCCGUAGCCUCCCCUGUCACCACGCCACAGAAGAUCAUGUCCGGCGCCAUUAAGGUUCCGGCACAGGCAGCAGUCAAGAUAUCACCCGGAACGCCCGCGCUAAAACAAGCGACGUACCAUGGCAAGACGGUAGUGAAGUCUCCGGCCGGCUCAUCGCAGAUCAAGGUCGCGGCUGUGACACCGCAAGGCGUGACGCGUAUAGUCAGCGCUGCGAGCACGCCGGGCGCCGCGGCAACCGCGCGCGUCAGCACCGCUCCGACGCAGCUCGUGCUCGGCUCGGCCGCUGGCGGAACUCCACGCUUCGUACAAGUUAAGGCAGGUGGAGCGGCAGGCGUUCCUGUUAAAUUAGGAGCCGGGAGCGCCGUCAAAUUGGCCAGUGGACAAGUUCCUCUCAAGCUGGGAGCGGCUGGUAUUCAGAGUGUUCAAGGUAAACUGACGACGGGUGGCGUGCAGAAGGCCGGUGGCGUACUCAAACUGGGUGCCGGUAAUGUUAAAAUUGGCACGAGUAACGUAUUAGUAAAAACUGCGGGUGGCGUUCCGGUUCAAGCUGGCGCAGGAAUACACAAAGUCGCAGGAGGCGUACCCGUUAAACUAGGCGGCGCCGGUUUACCCGUCAUAAGCAGCGGCGGAGCCCUGCAACUCGCGGGCUCGCCGCUCCAAGGCCAAGUCAAGGCGCCAGUUUAUAAGAUCGUCACAGCGAAGUCCGGCGAGCAGACAGUCACGGCGACGACGGCGGCGGCGAGCGGGGCCGUCAUGCGGCCCGCCGGUAGCAACGCGGGCAUCCCCGUCAUCAUUAAGAAGACGCCAGGCGGCGGCGCGCAGGCUUCUACUGGCCCGCAAUACGUGACCUUGGUGAAGACCUCGACCGGAAUGACUGUAGCGACGAUGCCCAAGAUGGCAAUGAUGCAGAGCCGACCUGCAGCACCUGCAGGCGCGGCAUCCAGCGCAGGUAUCGCGCCCGGCGCCACCAUUGUGAAGCUGGUGUCCGCGAACACAGUAGGCGGCAACAAGAUCAUCACCCUGCCCUCUAACGUGCUGCAGCUGGGUAAAGCUGGUGUUGGAGGCAAGCAGACCAUCGUCAUCACCAAGUCGGCCGGGCAGGGCGCGCCGCCGGCCCCGCCGCAGUAGCCAGAGUGAUGAAACUAGUUUGUAAAUGUCUGUGAAACACUAUUAGUGAGUCGGUCGAACUAUAGUAUAUUUUAAAAUCAUAAUAUAGUUUAUGAGUUUUUUUUGUAUGUUAUAUGGGUCUGUGUAGAAAGUGUCCUCAUAGAGUUUUUACUAAAAUAUUUUAAUAAACUCCUAAUAUAAACAUAUUAUUGUAAUGUCCUGAUUUCCGCUCAUGUUUUAACUGAUUAAUGUUGAUCUGUCUUGUACCAUGAUGUAUUUCUGUAUGUGGCAGCAUACUGUUUUUCUGUGUGAUUCUGCAGAGUUGCUUUCAUUGUGACUUGAUUUGACUUAUGUGAAAGUGCCUAUUGAGCAAUUCUAGUCUUGCCACAUGCAUUAAAACGGGCAAGAAUUGUCUCCUAACUUAUUAUUAGUUUACAUUUCUAUUAUACAUAUUAAUAUUUUUUUACAAUAAUCAUGUAUCGACAGUACAUCUCUGUGAAUCAACUAGCAUUGUCUGAUUGUAACCAAAAGGAUAAAUUGAUUGUCCUGUCUUCCUUGUAAUGCUGAAUUAAACCUUUGAACAUGACGGUGUUUAGGAUGCUAGUUAUAACUUGAAUAUUUAUGUUCCGAAGAAUGUUUCUAGUGGCUGCCCAUCGGGCACACCAAGUGGACUCUCGCAGCCACUAAGAACAUGAAGCCAGGACUUGUUUCUUAGUUUUAUUCAAAUCACGACAUAAUAUGCACUACUAUUUAAGUUUUAUAUGACAAGACGUGUUACUUUGGCAUGGAUCUGGUGUUGGUAUGUGGUUCACCGAUACGCUGUGUGGAACCCAGAGGCUAUUUUAGAUAUUGACUUGACUUGAACCAACACUUGAGAGAUGGGUUUCGUCCGUCUACUGCCGGUAGAUCGGCCGAUCAGUUGCGAAGGCACUUCCAAUAUAAUUUCGUAAUGACAAUUUUAUUGAUAAUCAUUAUCAAUAAUUGUUCUGUAAGAAAUAUCCGAGAUAAAAAUGCAGAGUAUUAUUGUGAAAAUCUUAUAUUUUUAUUAGGGUUUGCUCACAAGGAUGUAUAUCAAAUUAUUAUUUAGAUUUUCUAUUUCACUGUAAAUUAUACUGUUGUAAAUAGUAGGUGUGUACGGCGUCAAGUAGGUACAGAGUAUUCCACUGCCGGUGGCUGGUUGCGCAAUUGUCAUGCCUACGUACAGUCGCUUUCAAUUUCGGUAUAAAAAAAUAUGUCAUCGUACGGAUGAUGCCGCCUUUGGGUGAUCUAAAAAUACUCCCAUAAGAGAAUAGGACUGAACUUGAGACCGAUUGCACGCAACAACGUUGCUAUUUCACAAAUAUUAUUGUUCUUUUAAAUAUUUGAAAAUGUUCUCGUGAUAUGAUAUAUUCUGCAUUUUUAUACCUAUUGUUUAUUUAGUAUAAGCUAGUUAUACAUAUAGAAUAAUCAGUAUCGGUAAGGUAAGCGAGUUAUGGAAUGUAAAUAUCAUUAAGUAGGUAAAUUUAAUGUUAUAGUUUGUUCAUAUUAUGUUCAUUUGCUUGAAUAAACGAUUUGGAUAAAA